UUCUUAGUUUGCAAAUUAGUGUCAAAAUGUCAGCCAAAUACUUCUCAAAGAAUCAGAAAAUUAGUUUGACAAACCAGUGAAAAAUUUGCAGUUUUUCAUAUUCACAAACGAAUGAUAAUGACUUUUAAACUGUCAUUCUGCUCAAUUUUUGUCAUCAUUAUUUUCCUUCCGAACUGUGUGGCUUUUUGGUCAAGACACACAUACAAGCCACCAACUUCAUGUCAAAAACCUGAUGCAGAUCAUAUUCACAUGGCCAUGGGAGGGAAAUGGUACGAAGUGCAAAGGUCAGCAGGGUCACCUGAGCUAACUGAGAUUGGUCCUUUCAGAUGUCCUCUUAUGGACAUUAGUUUCUUGAAACAUGGAUAUGGUUGGCACUUGGAAAUUAACCAAACAGUGUUCAUGACUCUGAGCGAACCAAAGACGACCACCCACUAUGUCCAUCAGCCAUUCUCCCUCCAGUCUACAUCAGAGGGGGCAUUCGUGUACUCAGAGGACAAACUUCAGCCCCCCAAAAAAGAACCCGACUUCUUCAUAGUCCAUUUUGGAGGCCAGUUCCUCCUGACUUACUCAUGCAUAGAAAACGUCAGGGGCGUGUUCGAGGAGUCCGCCUCUAUCUAUUCACGUGACCCUCAUCCCAAAAAGCGUGAACUUAAAGAGGCGGAGAAAGUGUUCCAGGAAAAAGGGAUUAAAACAAACUUGGAAAGCGUUGAUCAGUGGAACUGUCAUGAUUUUGAGUCUGACAUGGAUGCAUGGCUAUUAAGGCCACACAGCAGUUCCACAGAAUGAAAAAACUGAACCAAAAGGAUGAAUACAAAAGAGCUGUAGAACUUUUCAAGGCAACUACAGAAGUAUUUUUUUGAUAAAUGUUUCAUGCAAAAUAAAUGUCUCCUCUUGUGAA